AUGGCCCAAAUGCUUAUUACCAGUAUAAUUUUACUAUGUGGUUUGGGCGCCGUUUUAUGCAUUCAUGUUACUCAUGUAAGCGAUUGCGGAACAGCGAGAGGCUGCUGGAGAAUGCCGAUCGGAUGCAACGACGCCAGCGAUUGCGAGACGAUGAUCACAUGGAAGCAUGAGCAUCGCCAUUUGAUUUUGGAAAUCGAAUCGAAGAACGUGGCGCCCGGACAAUGGCUGGGUGUUGGCUUCUCGAAAGACACAAUGAUGGGAAACGAUACAGUGUUCGAAUGCCAUUUCCCGAAUGAUCCCACCAAAUAUGGUCAGGUAUUUCUGUCACACAAUUCCGCCAAGAAUAAUGUGCUUCUGGAAACGGCUUCACAGCUUCUCAUUCGCGAUGGGUAUGCGGAGAUCGUUGACGGAAAGGUGAUGUGCGGUGGAGAAUGGAUUCUAGACAACAUUCAUCUUGACACCACCGAAAGGAGCUUGAUGCACGUCAUCUCCUCCGGCCGCUAUCAUCUCUUCUUCGCAUUCGGUGAUAUUGAUAAUGGUGUGAAGAAGAUGCAUUCAAUGGCCGGAAAGAAUGCGCCAUGGAAGACCACCGAUGACGUCCGCUUCUGCCAAAGGUGCUCCAGCUCAUUCGCCAACGUCGACUUGAAGCCCGACUUUAAAUCCUAA